UUCUGAUCUUCUGUUAGAGAAAAAAGCGUCAAGAGAAACAAACAGAAGACAAAAGUUUCUUGUUGUUUGAAGAUCAUCUCAUGCCCUAGACCUCAUCUUUUAACACGCACGAUCUUUGAAUGGCAUCGAAUAAUCAAUCAAGACAACAACAAGAUCGACCAUUACCAAAAUUUGGAGAAUGGGACGUAAACGAUCCAGCAUCAGCCGAAGGAUUCACCGUUAUAUUCGCUAAAGCUCGAGACGACAAAAAGACAAACGCUAGUGGUCGUGCUCCUUCUCAACGCCGUGAUAACAACAAAGGACAAGAUGAACCUACGAAGAAACGGUUCUGCUGUUUCUAGAGAAACAAAAAUCAAGAAAAGGAGGAUUCUACUCAUCCAGAACAUUUGUAAAAAAUGAAAUUGUUAGAUCAUGGAGAAGAACAGUUUCAUAUUCACUGAAUCUGUAUAUUAAAAACUUGUCAUUACAGAGCUAAAAAAGUAAAACAACAACAUUACAUUGUUACUUACACAAUAUCAAUGUCUCUUAAGCCACGGUUUGGUGAA